AGAAGUUAUGAGGCCUUGCUUCGUACCCAUCGUCGUCGUUUUGAUCCUGGCCGAGGCACCCGAUCGUAGCGAACAGCGAAUCUCCUUCAACACGUAUGUACAGCGAUGUUACGCCGUCUAAUUUCUCUGAAGUUUUCGAUGCUUUGAUAAUGUGCGAUAACAACGCGUGCGUGUUUUGAUCGUCGCGACGGGGAUGGAAUUUAGGUCAACCAUGAAGAACACCGCGACGGAAACGUCGUAGCGAUGAUAUGAUGUAGGACUUUCGGGAGAGAGAAUUUCGUUUCAUCUCUCAUGGUUGUCACCCGUCGCGUUUUAUUGCGUGCGAUUGUAGUCGGCGAUCUCUUACAUUUUUUCGAGGAUUCAUCACGGCUUUUGUCGAUUUUCUUCGCAAUUACUGCAGUUUCGUCAGACCGCUGUCGCGCUGAAUCGAUGUGCACGAAUACAUCGUUCGUCUUUCUUUUCGUCCUGUGACAAUAUUACACUUUUUACUAAUGAUCCGCUCAACCCGUGAUGUAGAGAGAAAAAGAUGCACGGAGGAUAAACCCCUAGCAUGCAUAUUUUUAGAUGAUGAAAAAUAAUACGUUGCGCGCCAUGAUGAAAAAAUAAUCGGACAGAUUGGCCUUAGAAAUGAAGUAUCAUAGUCUUCUAUCGUUGCCAAUCUUAUAUAUGUAUGUAUCAAUUGCUCGCGUUUCUUUUUCUGUGUGUGUGUGGGUGUGUGUGACACACAGAGUGAAGACAUGGGCGCACAAACUGGGUUUCGAGCUGUCGCAGUUGGCCAAAUACGUGACGAACGUGGAGAAGUUUCACGAGAGUUACAAACAGGCGGAUGUGACGGCACGUGACGGGAAAUCCCUCGUCCGCGAAAUCGCCAAGGACAUCAAGGCCAUGAUGGAGUCAAAAAUCUCGGCUAUCAAGAGGAUAAUGGACGUGGCCGAGACAUCGGCGUUGUCGGCGCCCGACGUAGAAACGCCGUCGACCUUUACGUUCAUCAACGCCAAGAACAACACCAUCGAGCUCGAGUACAGUCCUCAUUUUGGUGGCAACGUGAACGUCAACAUGUCCGCGGUGCACGUACCCACAAACGUGUACGAGCGCGCCCCGAAAGUCAUCCAUGCGAUCAAGUGGUCCGAGGCGCUUGACCGCACUUUCAUCAACAAUUACGAGCAGGAUCCGUCGUUGUCCUGGCAGUACUUUGGCAGCGCGACCGGCUUCAUGCGCCAGUACCCCGCCAUGAACUGGUACAUGGAACAGGUGGAUCUCUUCGACUGCAGAACCAGGAGCUGGUACAUCGAGGCGGCGACUAGCCCCAAGGAUAUUCUCAUCCUGAUGGAUACCUCCGGCAGCAUGACCGGCAUACGCCGGGAGAUCGCCAGGCACGUGAUCAACAACAUUCUCGAUACGCUCGGCAACAACGACUUUGUCAACAUCAUCACCUUUUCCAACGUGACCAAGGAGGUAGUGCCGUGUUUCAACGACACCCUGGUGCAAGCGAACUUGGCGAACGUGCGCGAGCUGAAGAAGGCCAUUUCGAAUCUCAAUACUGAGAAGAUCGCCAAUUUCUCCCUGGCUCUUACCACCGCCUUCGAGCUGCUCGAGUCGUUUCGCAUCGAGAAGGAGGGCGCCAAAUGUAAUCAGGCGAUUAUGCUCAUCACCGACGGGGUGCCGUACAACUACAAAGAGAUCUUCGAGGCGUACAAUUGGAAAGACAACCCCGACGAGCCUCCGAAGGCCGACAUGCCCGUUAGGAUAUUUACCUACCUGAUCGGUCGUGAGGUCGCCGAUGUGCGGGAAGUACAGUGGAUGGCCUGCGCCAACAGAGGCUUCUUUGUGCAUCUGUGCACCCCGGCGGAGGUCAGAGAAGAGGUAUUGAGAUACGUGCCGGUGAUGGCGAGGCCCCUGGUUCUGGGCCGCACGGAUCAUCCUACUAUAUGGACACCCGUUUACGCCGACAUAACCGAUCCGAAGAUGACUGACUGGCUGUGGGAACAGCGCGAGAGUGAAGAACAGAAAGAGCGCUUCCUGGCUUUGUAUAAAAAGAAGAACAAGGCGGAGCAGGACCGGCGAUUCGUGAAGAAGCAGAAGAGACGGUACGAUCAGAACAGCGAUCUGCAGGAAUACAAACUGAUGACUUCGGUCAGCAUGCCCGUAUUCGAUCGACGCGAGAACGCGAACAUCACAAGGCAGGUGCUGGUGAACGAAGCGUACUGGGUGACAGAGACAAGAGAGACGAGGAUUGCCAAUCUUCUCGGUGUCGCCGGCACGGACGUACCUAUCGAGGAGAUUCAAAAGCUGAUGAUCCCGCAUAUGCUUGGCGUCAACGGCUACGCUUUCAUCGUCACGAACAAUGGUUUCAUCUUGAUUCAUCCCGAUCUCCGGCCAGUGUUUCAGGGUAUCUUGAAGCCAGCUUAUAACAGUGUCGAUAUGACGGAGGUUGAACUGAUGGAUCAUGAUAAAGGCCCCAGAGAAUUCGACGAAGGAAUUCUUAUGUUUCGCAACGACGUGGUGAAUCAGUCGGAUGGUACUGCGACGCUUCAUACGAAAUAUCAUUACGACGAUAUGAAACGCGUCGGCAGAGUGAAGAGAAAAUACGAUUACACGGGGAUACAGGACACUCCGUUCACGGUGGUGGUUAGCCUACCUGAGUACGAUCACACUACAAACAAUCGUGUGCGCGCUACUGAGGAGAUACAUCGAUCUCACGUUAAGGGAAAAAACGUGACAGAUUACUUCGCGGGUAGUAACUGGCGGGUGCACCCCCAUUGGAUGUACUGCAAGUACCACUACGAGGGUGAACACAGAUUCAACACCUCGGAGUUACAGCUCCUACAUUUUCUGGAGCGUACCCGUCAGCCAGGCUGGAAGUGGAUCGACAUGAAGCAACGAUCCCAACCACCGGAAUACUCCGCUGCGAGCUCCGGUCACAGUUCGCAUCCUAAUCCCUACAAGGCUGACAGGAACUCGUACUAUUGUGACAGAUAUCUGCUACUCAGUUUGGUCUUUGACGCUAAGGUAACCGAAUGGUUUGCAAAUCCCAGCACUACCCGCGAGGAAACAGGACCUUUAGCUAGGCUGAUGAAUCUGCUGCCCAGGAAGGAGUUUCAACAACGUUUCGGAGUGACACUGGCGUUCAUGGCUACACACAGCGGUCUAACCCGAUGGCAGGAUUUCUCGCUGGACGAGGACACGCCAUUGCCAGAUGAUCACUUCAGCAAAUUAUACCCAAGAACCAUCGACGAGGUGUGGUACAAACGGGCGGUCGAGCAGUACUAUGUACAGCCGGAAAGCUUCGUUUUCUCCGUGCCGAUUGACGACGAGGGUACCGACAACACCACUCAAGUCACUGCCAGUCGUGCCAUAUUUGUCGGAAGCAGCUUGAAGGCGCCAGCCGCGGUGGUUGGCUUCCAAUUUCAGCAUACUGCCUUGCAAGCGCUUUUCCAGAACAUAACGUUCAACUGUGAGGGACUCGUGAAUUGCCACAAACACUGCGGCGACGACAGCUGGGCCUGCUACCUAGUCGAUAACAACGGAUAUAUAAUCGCCGCCGAGGAUGAGGAGGAUGCUGGUAAAUUCUUCGGCCAGGUUAGAGGCCCGAUAAUGAGCAGUCUGGUGAAAGAAGGCGUUUUUGAGAGGAUAAGGAUUUUUGACUAUCAGGCGGUGUGCUUUAAAAAUGCUCUGACCAACAACGCCGGCAAUAUUCUGCUUACGCCAUGGAAGCAUCUGCAGAGAGCAAUGUCGUGGGUGAUUGGACAAGCUGCUUGGGCCUGGGCAAAGACGGGCAUAUGGGAAUCCGAUUACGUGGAAGCAUACGCCAACGACGAGGAAACUCAUGUCGUCCGCGACGAUUAUCAGGAAAAUGUGGAGAAACUGCCGGCCUCGAAGGACGAUCCGAAGGACGAUUCGAAGGACGAUCCGAAGGACGAGAGAUCGUUCGAAGAGGACUUUCUGAUCAAUCGAACGCGCUUGGAAGUGUGUGACCAAGAAAUGUACUUGUAUCUGCGUAACGCCUCCUUCGACACGUACGAUGUCGAUGUGGACGAGAAUUGUAUGCGGCCGUACGUGGUCCAACCGGUGAACUUGAGCAACAUGCUGCUGGUGGUGGUGAAGACCGAUUGCCGCGACACGACGUUACCGUCGCUCAGCAUCGUGCCCGAGGAGGUGAUGUACGAGAAUAAUACUCUAGUUUGCCAGAAGGCGCUCACCGGCCUCAAACGGAAACGACCGCAGUCCUGCAUACGCUCGCAUCCCAGGGAAAGAGAGAUCAAGGAUCAGUGCGGACGCGCGACGAAUGCUAGGUCGAGCCUGCUGCUGACGCUGCUGCUGCUGUUGAUGGCCGGACGGAACGCCGGCUAAAGAUCAUCAAGCCAACAAUCGGUGUCAAAUUAGUCAGUCCGCGAGUUGAGUAUGUCGAGAAUCGGACAAAUUGUGAAAACGCCUCGGCAAUAAGCGGAUAUACACACGAUCGCGGUGAUUGGGGUUGCCACCGCACAAGUUUGGUGAUUCAAUCUCUCAACUUUUUCUUUCACUAACGCUUUCGCAACCUUCUUUCUUCUUGGUCUUGAGUCAAACGCGAUAUUUCCUUUGGUGAAUCUUUGUGAAUAGUUUAUCGUUUCAUUUCGAAAUAAUGUUAUCAUAAAAAAUAAAGGGAGAGAGAGAGAGACCAAGGAGAAGCAAGCUGCGUCAAUUGUAUCUUCAAUUAAAUCGAAAUAUCAUCGCAUUAGUCAGGUAGUUUAAUCGAGUUUUUUGUAAUACCAAUUUUUUUCGCAAAUAUAAAAUGGCAACAAUGAGAAACGUCCAUAAAUAUUGCGAAUCGUUUCGUUCUGUUUCGUGUUCAACGUUUCAAAUUUACAAAUUUCGCCAUGUCUUAUCGUCGAGUUACCGAUACAUGUGUGUAUGUGUGUGUGUAUGUGUGUGUGCGCGCGCGCGCGUGUGUGUGAAAACCCUGAUCAUUCCGAAAACGUGUGCUCCUCUACCUCUCGUUACCGCGCGAUCAAAUCCUAUACGAUCGAGUUACUCUGGACGAAUUUAACGUUCCGGUACACACGGUGUUUCUACUAUGCGAAUAUGCGAGACAACGCGAUCAAUCAAACGUGGCGAACGCAAUCGAUAUCAAAAUGUGUACUAAGAUGCAAAAUUGCCCUCCAUCUUGUCACCGACUUCAAAUCAGAUUAGGUGGUCAUAAUAGAUGCGCUUAGCGUAGAAUCGCUAAUACAUUUUUGGUCUUAUGACGAAUCGUCUCGAAAACGAAGAUUGGCGACAUAUAUGAUUUUAAUGCGUCAUCUGUGAUUGUAGCUCAUGUUUAAGCGGCCGGUCGAGUCGAAAGUUACGUGUUCGAUCAAAGAGGGGAAACGGAGAAAACUCGCCGCAAUCGAAGAUGCUAACAGUUUGGAGAAACUGGUGUGAUGUGACGAAGAACAUUUGAACAGAUGUGCUUAGAGAGAAAGAGAGAAAUAGAGAGAGAGAGAUAGGAAUAUAUUCCAGAGAAAGAACUGGCAAAUCCAGAAAAAUCGAUGAGAAAAACGCCUCUCUUAACUCGAAUUUAGAAAUAUAUUCCGUCAAGCUCUGGAUGCGUCGACUCCUCUUAAUGUUCCUGCUGUCAGAGUACAUCGAUCGAAAAUCAGCGAUUCGUGGAUCGCGCUCGGUGGUCACGCGAAAUGUAAAAUGUCAGGAAUGUAACGGAUGGAACGAACGGUGCAUCUCUCAUGUACGAAACGAUCGUGCUCUACAAAUAGCAGCCGGUAUUAAAUGCUACCGUAAUCGUUGUCAACGUGAUAAUAGCGGGACGAUCAGUUCUCUCUAAUUGUCGGAGCAGGGUCGCAUACUACACAAAACACGCAUACACGCACGCACGCACAUACAUAUAUACACGUGCACACACGCACACACACACACAUACACACACAUGGCACAAUGUUCACGAACGCUACGAGAUACACACAUCAUAUUCGCGCUUUGUACAUUACAAAAAUUGACGUGACGCAAAGAUUCACGUAUUAAUAGAAAAUUACGAGAUGUUAAUUUUGUAUAUUACUGUAUUAUAUGAAAUAUGUAAAAAAGUGUGCCUUUGGACACGCGGUUAAGACAAGAAAAAAGUGAAAAAGAAGAAAAAAGAACUACACAUGAUCUUGUUGUAUGUUUGUCGAAUAAAUUACCGAACGUUCUAUAUAUUAAUAUAUAAAUAUAAAUAAAUAAAUAAAUAAAUAUGUAUAUAUAUAUAUAUAUAUAUAUAUAUAUAUACUUAUUUAUUUAUUUGUUUAUUGUUGCUGAACUCCGGCACGAAUAUACCUUCGUCGCGUGAAUGAGUUCCGUCCGGGGAACGAAGGAUGUUGUUUGUAUUACAUAGAGUUUAUUACAAUUUGCUAUGUACAAUGGCUUGCCUAUGUAAAACGAGGACGUUUUCUUAUCAAAAUGACAACUUUUCAAGAGAAGAGACUACUUCAAUUGUGCAUUCUCCAGCUUUCUCAUUAUUUCCACCGCGCGUCCAAUUCCUACGUACAAAACGUCGUUCUAUCUCCUGUAGAAUUCCUUCAAAGAACUCGAUUUUGUUCGGCCGUUAAUUGCAUAAAUUGCCCUGAACAGUUCAUUUUGAUCAAAUAAGUUUGGUGCUUUUUUUCAUAUGAAUUUGACGUUUAUUCACAAAAAACGAAUUAUAUGUCAAUCCUCGAAAUAGUCCCCAUUAUUUGCAAUCACAAUCAAUUAUUCUCCUCCUAUUCGACUGUGAUUGGUCAAUUUAUUAAGGUUUAGAGCUUAAAGCAGUUAUUGUAGACCGGAACUAACUCUCGGCGAAAAAUGAAAACGUGAAAUUUUUCACGUGAACUUUCUCGCCAUCAAAUUCGCGCAAGGAUAAAAAUCUAAUGAUAUGACUGAUCCAGUAUAUAAUAUUACUACUACACUGCAAAAAUCGUUUCUGAGAAUAUAACGUUAUUUUUAAGAUUAGAUGUUGGUUAGGUGCGACGCUUCUCCGAUAUUAUAGAUACGUUCCACUGUACGCUCGCAAUGCUUGUAAAGAGGUUUUGCGUUAGUCGCACAAUCGCAAGAUUGCAAGAAAUUGACCAAUCACAGUCACUUAUUUUCCUUGCGAUCGAAAAUAAUCGACUGUGUGAUUGAUCAAUUUCUUGCGACUUUGCGAUUGUGCAACUAAUGUGGAAUCAUCCUAACACCGCGAGCACUCGUGAGUACGUAGGAACGAUUUUUGCGUGUCGUGAGUGUUUCAUUAUUUAGAGUGACGUUUAAUUGAUAUGUCACACGACCGAUUAACUUAAUCGACUGAUUAAAUUAACGGAAUUAACUAGUCGCAGUUGCCAAUUAGCUAAACUGAUCACUGUGCAAAUGUUACUCAAGGAGGACGUAUAAAAAAUUAAAAAAUAUAUAAUGAAUCUACCCACAUGCAUUUUGUAGAGUUAAUUUGGAAUGUGAAAGCCAGUGAAGUGGAUUUCAAAUUGUAUUAUAUCGUAUACGUUUUUUAUGACCAUGUUUUUUGUACCAUCGUUGCAUUAUACUUGAAAAACACAAGUUCAUGAUUUAAUCUUAAUAUGGUUGCAUUUAAUAUCUCCGUGAAUAAUUUCUGGUUAAUAAAGAAAUCUAUUAAUUUGUCAUUAUUUUCAACAAGGCUAUUUAAAAAGUCCGAAAGAAAACGAAAAAAAGAUUCUUUUGAAUCUGUAAAAUUUCAUAAAAAUCGGAAGAAUAUACUAAAAUUAAUCGCAAAAUUUGACAU